UUCCCACCCCGUUGUUCCCACAGUCCCUGGAGGAUCGUGGAUGACUGCGGAGGGGCCUUCACCAUGGGGGCCAUCGGAGGGGGGAUCUUCCAGGCCAUCAAGGGCUUCCGGAAUUCUCCAGUGCCAAGGAGGCAUUCCCUGGUUUCCGGGGUGCCAUUCCCGGGUUUCCCCCCCAAUCCCGGCUCUUGCACAGGGAGCUUUGCCGUGUGGGGAGGGCUCUUCUCCAUGAUCGACUGCAGCAUGGUCCGGGUGAGGGGCAAGGAGGAUCCCUGGAAUUCCAUCACCAGCGGAGCCCUGACCGGAGCCAUUUUGGCCGCACGGAACGGGCCCGUGGCCAUGGUGGGAUCCGCUGCCAUGGGAGGGAUUCUCCUGGCGCUCAUCGAGGGAGCGGGAAUUCUGCUGACGAGAUUCGCCUCCACCCAGUUCCCCAACGGCCCGCAGUUGUCCGAGGAUCCCUCCCAGCUCCAGCCCCCCCCGUUCAGCAACUAUCAACAGUACCAGUGAGGGGCCUGGGAGCCCCAGGAUGGGAUGGGAUGUCCCUGCUGGAGCUCCAGAAUGGGAUGUCCCUCCCCUCCCCCUCCCAGGAACACCUGCAGCACUUCCCAGAGCUCAGGAGAACUUUUAGGAGAUGACAAAUCUAUUUAUUCCCAAUAAUUCCCAUCUGUAAUGUUACACAUGGGCUGGAAUUACAAGGAGGUUUGAGACAUGGAG